AUGGAGACUGACACUCCGGUGCAGAAUUUCACAUCUAUUUUUGAAAACACAGACUCGGAUUCAGGCCUGUCUGACACGGUUGCAAACAUAGCCCAGCUGAUUGUGCAGAGCGUCAUUUUCUUAUUCGGCGUGCCCGGUAACUGUCUCAUACUCCGUGUCUACUGGACAAAGACUCUAAAAACCAGCACCCAUGUUUUCAUCAUGGCCUUAGCCUGGGCCGAUCUGGCAGUCUGCGUGUUGACUGUGCAAAAUAUUUAUUAUACGAUGGCUUAUAUGGCUGGCUAUGAGGUCCCGGAGUUCACAUUUAUUAUCUCGGCUCUUCAGUCAAUAGCCAUCAGCACGUCGAUUAUGAUGACUGCUGUGAUCGCAGCGGACCGCUACGACUGCAUAUGUCGGCCUCAGCGCCGGUUCUUUACCCACAAACGCGGCAAGAUAGCAGCUGGGGCAGCAUUCGUAUUCUCACUGGUCAUCAAUAUACCUGCCUUUAUCCCCCAAACCCCUGGAUCCAUCAACCAGUCGUUUCUCCUUCUGCGGUAUGCAUUCCAGGUCAUUUGCUUCGUCGUGGCGCUCGUGAUGAUCGCCCUGUGUUACGGCAAAGUCUACACGACCAUCAAGAAACACACCAAAGUCGGCGUCAAAAAUACCACUCGAGAUUGCAGCGUCUCUCGAUUAGCCGACGAAUGCUCGACAAGGCUGCAGGAUUCCGUGUUCUCAAAUAUUGAACCGAGAAUUCCUGCCGUUGCUUCCGUGUCGACGUUCAUCAGUAAUCCAUGUACGAGCAUGGCAGCUGAUGGCAGUAGAAUGGCACAAAGCAAAGUAGAACCAGGCCUUGACGAAAGCGGGAAAAGAUGGAUCAGUCACCAACAAGCGACUUUGACCAAACAUGUACUUGUGUCGAGGGAUACAGAAUCUCGUGUUGUGAACGGGACCAAUGACACUCGACAACACCACGAUAACGCUGGACGCGCACCACCAAAGGCAGAUGCAGCAGUUUUACAGCGUAAGACAACCAGGAUGCUCUUCAUCACCAGCGUUGUGUUUCUCCUGACCUGGCUACCCUACUGGAUCCGUGUUACCGGUACAUUUGCCUCCUACUCCGACCCAGUGUUCCAUAUGAUCCUCGAUAACCUCUCCGUAACUCUAUUCGUCAACAACGCCGUGAACCCGCUGAUCUACGGACUUGCCAACAGGCGAUUCAGGAAAGACUGCAAGACAGUUCUCAGUAGGAUUAAGCUCCGUUAG